CGCCCGGGCUCCCUGCCGGCUUCCUCCAUCCCCACGCGCCGCGCACACCUCCUCCGCCUGCCCGCCCUCCUUCCCCACCUCCGCCCUCCUCCUGCUGACGUCUGGCUCUGCCCGGCUGAAAACUCCGUGCCGCGGCGGAUGCGGCGGCUCUCGGGAGCGCGGCGGCGGCAGCAGCAGCAGCAGCAGCGAAGAUGGUGGCCGCUCCGUGUGCCCGGCGGCUGGCGCGGCGCUCCCGCUCGGCGCUGGUUGCGGCGCUCACCGUGCUGCUCCUGCAGACCCUCCUUGUCUGGAAUUUCACCUCUCUCGAUGCCGGCGAGGAGCAGCGCGGCGGCGCCGCUGGCCGCGAGAAGCGAGACCACGGCGGAGACCAGCGGGUGCACCCGCAGCGCCGCGGACCCGGCGCCCAGUACGGCAAGGCGAUGAUUGAACCUCCUAGUCCUUACACAAGCUUGGAUACUCAGGAUGGCUAUUUUUCCCACCGACCGAAAGAGAAAAUGCGAACAGACAGCAAUAAUGAAAAUUCAGUCCCCAAGGACUUUGAAAAUAUUGAUAACAGUAACUUUGCUCCCAGGACUCAGAGGCAAAAACACCAGUCUGAGCUGGUGAAAAAACCCCUUAGCAAGCAAAAGGAGCACUUGAGAAAAAAACUGGAAGAGGAGAAGAUGAAGAAGAACUUGCUGCUGGGGAAGAACUCGAAUGAGGUGGUGCAGUUCAGUGAUGACCUGGUCAAAAACAGCAGCAGCAGCAACAGCAACAGCAAUUUGAAGGCAAUUCACAGAUCUUCCAGACACCACCAUGUAAAAAAAAAAGGAAACAGCUCCCCUGAACUGACAUAUGACCAACCACCAAAAUGUGAGGUGACGGGAAAAGAGGCAAUCUCAGCCAUGUCCCGCUCUAAAACUAAGCAGUGUCGGCAGGAGAUCGCAGAGGUGUAUUGCCAGCACAAGCACGGGAAGCUGAUGCCGGAGAAGGUGACACGGUUUUGUAAGCUGGAGGGAAAAGCCAACAACAAUGUACAGUGGGAUGAGGACUCCGUAGAAUACAUGCCAGCCAACCCAGUCAGGAUCGCAUUUGUCUUGGUUGUUCAUGGCAGAGCUUCUCGGCAGCUCCAACGCAUGUUUAAGGCUAUUUACCAUAAAGACCAUUUUUAUUACAUUCAUGUUGACAAGCGAUCCAAUUACUUGCACCGGCAAGUGCUCCAGUUCGCCAACCAGUACCCAAAUGUGAGAGUCACUUCCUGGAGAAUGGCAACUAUUUGGGGAGGAGCAAGUCUUCUGACCACCUACCUGCAGGCCAUGAGGGACUUAAUGGAGAUGAAUGACUGGCCAUGGGAUUUCUUCAUUAACCUCAGUGCUGCUGACUACCCAAUCAGGACAAAUGACCAGCUAGUAGCAUUCCUGUCCAGAUAUCGUGACAUGAACUUCUUGAAAUCACAUGGGAGGGACAAUGCAAGAUUUAUCAGGAAGCAAGGACUGGAUCGACUUUUCCUGGAAUGUGAUACCCACAUGUGGCGCCUAGGGGACAGGAGGAUCCCAGAAGGAAUUGCAGUCGAUGGAGGGUCAGACUGGUUUCUCCUGAACAGGAAGUUUGUGGAAUACGUCACUUUCUCUAAUGAUGAUCUCGUCACAAAGAUGAAGAGGUUUUACUCUUACACAUUGCUUCCGGCUGAGUCCUUCUUUCACACCGUCCUGGAAAACAGCCCAUACUGUGACACCAUGGUGGACAACAACCUGCGCAUCACGAACUGGAACCGUAAACUCGGUUGCAAGUGUCAGUACAAGCACAUCGUUGACUGGUGUGGGUGUUCACCGAAUGACUUCAAACCAGCAGACUUCCACCGAUUCCAGCAGACUGCCAGGCCAACUUUCUUUGCCCGCAAGUUUGAAGCUGUGGUGAACCAGGAGAUAAUCGGCCAGCUGGACUACUACUUGUACGGCAACUACCCACCCGGCACGCCCGGCCUGCGGUCCUACUGGGAGAAUGUGUACGAUGAGCCCGACGGCGUGCACACCCUCAGCGAUGUCGCCCUCACCAUGUACCACGCGUUCUCCCGCCUGGGCCUGCGCAGAGCCGAGACCUCGUUCCAUGCUGCUGGAGACAACAGCUGCCGAUACUACCCCAUGGGCCAUCCAGUUUCCGUCCACCUUUACUUCCUCGCUGACCGUUUCCAAGGCUUCCUAAUCAGACACCACGCAACCAACCUGGCUGUCAGCAAACUGGAGACUUUGGAAACCUGGGUGAUGCCCAAGAAAGUCUUCAAGGUUGCAAGUCCACCAAGUGAUUUUGGAAGGUUGCAGUUCUCAGAGAUUGGCACGGAAUGGGACGCCAAGGAGAGGCUUUUCCGGAAUUUUGGAGGACUCCUCGGCCCAACAGAUGAGCCAGUUGGGAUGCAGAAAUGGGGAAAAGGCCCCAAUGUCACCGUUACUGUAAUUUGGGUGGACCCCGUUAAUGUAAUUGCAGCAACGUAUGAUAUUCUGAUUGAAUCCAGCGCUGAAUUUACUCACUACAAACCUCCUUUGAAUUUGCCCCUGCGACCUGGUGUUUGGACAAUAAAAAUUCUGCACCACUGGGUACAGGUAGCUGAAACCAAAUUCCUUGUUACUCCUCUCACCUUCUCUAACCAGCAACCUAUCAAGCAAGAGGAAGCCAUGAAGUAUCACAGCGGGCCUCCAAAGAACGCAUACAUGGAGCAGAGCUUCCAGGGCUUGAACCCCGUCCUGAAUAUCCCCAUCAAUGCUGCCCACGUGGACCAGGCCAAGAGGAAUGCGGGGCUAGUGGGCGCUCGGCUGGAAGCCUGGGUGGACUCUCUGGUGGGCAGCAUCUGGUCAGCCGUGGACAUCUGCAGCACUGGCCCCACUGCGUGCCCAGUCAUGCAGGGCUGUGCUCAGACAGCUUGGAGCUCCCUGAGCCCGGACCCCAAAUCUGAGCUGGGCCCCGUCAAACCUGACGGUCGCUUGAGGUAGCAUCUGGUACGCAGUCCUCCGGCAUAGGAUUUUAAAAGGGAAUUUAACCUUGCUCUCAUGUGAAUCUCGCACCACAUUUCAGCAAUCUAAGGGAACAUUUUACAUUUUUGUUACUUACUGCAAUAUAAUUCAUUUUAAAAAGGAAAAAAAAAAGAGUUCUGACAAGGCCUUUGCCACUGCCUUCUCUAUCAGCAGUGG